AUGUCCCAAAAAGAGAGUUCCGCUUUCCUGUCGAAACAUCGCAGAUAUGAUUUCAUCGUCGAACUAGAAUUCUUCUGGGUUUUGUUAAAAAGUCCAAUAAUGGCACUCCCGAAGCAAACGCGCGACGCGAUGAACCAACUGCGGUUCGUUCAAAUAAAUCGGCGGCGAGUACCACGAAGAAAGCGGCUUUCAAUGUUGGAUCUUCUAAUAGCGGAAUCUCGUGAAUAUCUUAUGAUUGAUACAAAUAUUAGAGAAGAAGUCGAUGCUUUUGUAUUUGUGAUACGAACGAAUCUAUUAUUACAAGGGAAUGAGAAGAAAUUUACUUUCGAAUUGUUGAAACAACUACCAUAUUUAGAAAGAUGUAUAAAGGAAGCGUUGCGUUUGUAUCCCAGUGUACCGUUUAUAUUUGGGGAGAAAUCAUAUUUAGUACCUGCUGGAACAAUGAUAAUUAUCAAUAUUUAUGCAGUCCACAAAAAUCCCAAUUUCUGGCCAAAUUCAGAAGUACAACUAUUUGAUCAUAAAUUCUUAUUCGAGAAAAUCUGAAAUCGUCACCUUUAUUCGUAUAUACUAUUCAGUGCUGGAUCACGUAACUGUAUCAGUAAGCAAUAA